CCACAACUUCUCCAGCCUCCAGCUCCAGCCAGCUCUGUGAAUGGGCCUGGGAAGGUAUUAUUCUGCCUUGUAUGCACAGCUGCCCAUUUUUUGGAGGGAGGCAGGGCACACGGUCCUUGCUUCCUCCCCGCCCCCCAGCUCCCAACAGCAACCUAAUCCAAGCAGGUCUUACCCAGCCAUGCUCCCCUACUCCCCUGCCUGGCUGCAUAAGAACCAGCCAAAAACCUAAAACUAUAACCAUUUAAAAGAACACGUAUUCAAGCUUUGUACCCAGCACCUUGCCUAUGCUCUGUGACUGCCUGCUGCAUGUCUUUGCCACCCUCCCUCUGCUCCCAUCCUACAAUAGCUUAAUGAGACUACAGAAAAAAUCUUUGCACUAGGUAGGCCCUGGAUAAACACAGUAUGUUAUUCUCCAGGGCUGUCGGGCCUUUGUCAUUUCCCAGCACAACGUUAAAACAUGGGACAGGCUGAAAAUUGUUGCUCUGGAGAUGAGACGUCUUAUGCCAAGACUAAUCCUGGGCUGAGUGUUUACCCUCGGCAGGUAGUUGUUAGUUCCCCUCUAGACACCUUGGCUGCAAUGCAGUCCCUGGAAACAACCGCGGCUGCAAUGCAGCAGCACUCCGUGCUCUGUUACCACUGUCUGGUAAUCAGGAGAGGCAGGUCUGAGUACGAGAGAAGAGCCAGAAGGGAAGGGCUGAUAGAAAAUCUGGUUUAGUUCCUACUUGGGGAUCUGCAGAACACUCAGGAUAAAUGACUUGCUGGAAAGUGGUGAAAUCUGUUCUCAUACUCUACCUGAUCCUCAUUCCCAUAUUUGUCUGGAUGAUAGUCUGGAAUGGGCCAGUCCACUACCUUCCAUACUACCUUCCUUGCCCAGAAAUCUUCUCCAUGAAACUACAAUAUGCAGAAGAGAAGACCGUCCAGCUUUUCCCUGAGCUGUUUUAUCCUCAGCCCAGAUCACUGGAUCAGAAGCGCCGGGAUGUGCUGACUCUCACGCCUUGGCUGGCCCCCAUUGUUUGGGAAGGAACUUUCAACUCCGAACUCCUGGACAGUGCCUACAAGCCAUUGAACCUCACCAUAGGGGUGACAGCCUUUGCCAUUGGCAAGUACACCAUGUUUGUGGGCCGCUUUGUGGAGUCGGCGGAGAAGCUCUUCAUGAAGGGCUAUUGGGUGAACUACUACAUCUUCACCAACAACCCCCAGGCGAUCCCUAGAGUCCAGCUGCAGCCCGGCCGGAGCCUCAGCAUCGUCCCCAUCAAAAAAUACUCUCACUGGCAGGAGAUUUCCAUGCGCAGGAUGGAGGCAAUAAACAGGCACAUCGCAGAGGUGAGCCACCGGGAGGUGAACUACCUUUUCUGCCUGGACAUCGACAUGGUGUUUCACAACCCAUGGGGGGUGGAGACUCUGGGUGAGAUGGUAGCGGCCAUACACCCUGGGUACUACAACGUCCCUCGCAGCCAGUUCCCUUAUGAGAGGAGGAGCAAUUCCGCUGCCUUCAUCCCUGACAGCCAGGGGGACUUCUACUAUGCAGGAGCCGUCUUCGGCGGGCUGGUCAAGCAGGUGUACGAGUUCACCAGGGCCUGCCACAUGACCAUCCUGGCAGACAAAGCCAAUGGGAUCAUGGCGGCCUGGCAGGAGGAGAGCCACCUCAACAGGCACUUCUUUUCCCACAAGCCCUCAAAGCUCCUCUCCCCGGAGUAUGUGUGGGAUGACACCAAGCCCAGGCCGCCUGAAAUGCGCCUGAUACGCUUCUCCACAGUGAAUAAGGACUACAAGGAGAUACGGGACUGAGGUGUCUAGCCCUCUUUUUAAACCAUGGAAUCAGGUCCUUGAUCUGCUGCCAGUGAAGGAUGUAUCCCAGUCAGUGUUUCGGCUCCCCUCUGUGAAUGGAUUGUGGAGCUGGCACUGGGAACGCCA